AACCCCGGAUACUCAUUCUAACCUUCUUUCUCAAUUUUCGAACAUGUCCCCUCGUUCGUGCAUUUGACUUUUUAGCGAUGUUCCUAUAAGUUACUACAGGUGUUAUUGUUAUUGUUUCAUGUGCAUAUUCAUACCCCCUCAUGCUGAUGUUUAUUUCUUCCAUUAUCUUUCUUUUUUUUAUCUUCCAUACUUCCCUUAUUUCCCCUCUUGCGAGGCCCCCCCCCUUUUCACGAUUUUUAGAUGCCCAUGUGUAUAUGAACCGGAAGACGAACUGCGAAUGUGCGAUGCAAAUCUUAGAGUCUGAUGAAAUCCUAUACCGAACUUCUUUUCCAUUGAACUAUUACUCAAGUCACAUUAAUGUUUCCUUAUUUUGCUAUAUCUUUUCUAAAGCCUCAUUGGUUUAAUUUCCUCUUCACCACACAUGCUCAACUUCAAGCCAGCACUGUAAUAACAUACAUAGUAUUUCAAAAUCUCAAUAUUAUUCUACUGCAUAUGGACUCUGAAUAUCCCUGC